AUGGGCAAGAGCUUCUACUUUGUGCGCACCAAAGCAGACCUGGACCUGCUGGCCGCCAGGAGGCAACAGCCAUCUGACUACAGUGAGAAGAAGGUCCUCUUGCACAUCCAGGAGGACUGCAAAGAGUGCUUGGUAAGAGAAGGAGUGAGGGACCCACAAGUCUUCAUCGUCUCCAACUGGGAAGCCGACUGCUUUGACUUCCCCCUCCUGCAGGAAACGCUGAAGAACGAUCUCUUGCGGCUGAAGAGGCAAGCCUUUCUGCGCCGCUUCCCUAGCAUCUGCCUGCCUAUCUUAGAGAAAAAGAAAACCACUGUGAAGGAGAAGAUUUGGACCAGAAGGCUUUGUUUGCUGGUCGCUCUUGGAAGCCCAGUUCCCUUCCUUCUUCCCAUAUUUCUCCUUAGUAGGUUCCGCUCCUGGUGCUUCCUAGACUUUGGCCUGGAUGAUCCAUCCCUUGCAGCUCUGGCCCAGCGUGUUGGAAAGACAAGCACAGCCCUUAAAGCAGCAAUGCAGUCCCUGGGAAUGUUCUCUGCCAUUUUAUGGGUGCUGCCAGACUUGGUGGGACUCUCAGCGAUGGCUUAUGAAUAUCACCACUGGGAGCAUUUCCCCAUCUUUGGCUGCCUUCUGUCCGUUGGGAUUUCGCUUCCUCGCACCUACUUCAUGCUGCAGAAAUGCAUAUCGGGUGCUGCUGAUGACACCAAGAGGGUUUUGUCCAAAGCUCUUGAGGCAGAGGGGAAAAAGUCCAUUUAG